CAAAGAUGGCGCCGGGUGGGAUAGAAAAGUGUUAAGAGCAACAAACGAUACAACUCUACAACAGUAUACAUUUGGCAACUAUUUGGGGAAUAUAUCGCGGCUGGAACUCCGCUUCGACAAAUAGAGGAUUUCGCUAACAUUUCGAGUGCUCGCGCAUGACCUCCGAGGUAAAAUAAAUAGCGAAGUGGAAGUGUUUGCCAACUAUAGCAGUUGAAGUAGCCUUUAGCGUCGCAAGCGUUAGCUAACUGCGGAAGGCAAGAGGACGCAGUUCGAAGUACACGGCCACUUAAGUUGACUUCUAUCUUGUCAACACAACAACUUUGGCUUCCGACAGCGUGAUCAGCCUCGCUGCCGAGACUGCAGCGCCGACCUUGCAGUGUUAAACGGGGUCGAUAAGCGACCACAGGCGGAAGAGGAAAGCUGUAAAAACGAGGUGGGGAAAGCCGUCUUCUUAGCUGACCUGACGCCAUGGCUCACUCCCCGAUUCAAAGUGGGCUUCCGGGGAUUCAGAACCUCAAAGCUGAUCCGGAGGAGCUUUUCACCAAGCUGGAAAGGAUAGGCAAAGGUUCCUUUGGUGAGGUAUUUAAAGGCAUCGACAAUCGCACUCAAAAGGUGGUGGCCAUUAAAAUAAUUGACCUGGAGGAAGCAGAGGAUGAGAUUGAGGACAUCCAACAGGAAAUCACAGUUCUCAGCCAGUGUGACAGUCCUUUUAUCACCAAGUACUUUGGAUCCUAUCUCAAGGGAACAAAAUUAUGGAUUAUUAUGGAAUAUCUUGGUGGAGGAUCUGCCCUCGAUCUGUUGGAACCGGGUGCCCUCGAUGAGACGCAGAUUGCCACUAUUUUGAGAGAAAUCCUCAAGGGGCUUGAAUAUUUGCAUUCUGAGAAGAAAAUUCACAGAGAUAUCAAAGCUGCCAAUGUGUUGCUGUCGGAACAAGGUGACGUCAAGCUGGCGGACUUUGGCGUGGCGGGCCAGCUGACUGACACGCAGAUAAAAAGGAACACCUUUGUUGGGACUCCUUUUUGGAUGGCGCCUGAAGUCAUAAAACAAUCGGCGUACGAUUCAAAGGCAGACAUCUGGUCCUUGGGAAUUACGGCGAUCGAGCUGGCUAAAGGCGAGCCGCCGCACUCCGAGCUCCAUCCCAUGAAAGUGUUGUUCCUCAUCCCCAAGAACAAUCCACCCACGCUGGAGGGAAACUACAGUAAACCACUGAAAGAAUUUGUGGAAGCCUGUUUGAAUAAAGAGCCUAGUUUUAGACCGACCGCCAAAGAGCUGCUGAAGCACAAGCUGAUUGUCCGACACGCCAAAAAGACAUCCUAUCUGACCGAGUUGAUCGACAGAUACAAGAGGUGGAAAGCGGAGCAGUCGCGAGAUGAGUCCAGCUCCGACGAAUCCGACGAGGAGACGCAAGGACAAGCUUCAGGAGGAGAAGCCGCCGCCAACGACGACUGGAUCUUCAACACCAUCAGAGAGAAGGACUUGAAAAAGGUGCAGAACGGGGCUGUGCAACAUGCCGAGUUGGAAGUAAAACCGGAGCAGGAGAGUCCAAAAAGACCUUUGUCACAGAGCUUAUCCUCCAUCUUCUCUCCACUUUUCUUGGAGUUGAAAGCCAAGGGGGAGACCAGCAACGGCAAACCGGAGGCUGCCGAGGCGCUGCAGGAGGCCAUUUUGCUGGCCGAAGACAUUCACCCAGGAGUGUGCGACUCACUGGUGGCCGAACUGCUGCAGAGACUUCAGAGGUAACGGACGCGCGAAAGAAUUUCAAAUGUUUUCCGUGCCUCAGACCGCCAACACUCAAUGAGAAGAUGCACAAUCCAGCGGCUUGGCGUGGACGCAAAAAUGUGGGCACGUGAGCCUUCGCGGGAUCUCUUUAGCCUCCUAGUGCACACGCGCACCACUAGACGGCCCGUUUGCGGCCAGGAGCGUGUUUGCCAUUCUGCGAGAGUGGACUUAAGCCAUCCAACUCUCUCGAGGUGUGCGCGCGUGAAGCGUUCUUUUGAAAACUCAGGUAUCCUGCUUUUAAGGUCCUCUGGGAGGUCAAACGAGCUUGACAGGAUGGUUGUACAAACUUGUAAAUAAAUAAGCACAUUUCUACAGAUACCAGAACAAAAAUAAUAUUGGUAAUAAUAAUGAUAAUAAUGCGGUUGUACAAAUGGCCAAACACAGAGUGUAGAUAAUAUUGGUUGUGGGGUAAAUAUUUUAAGAGUUGAAGGGCCAUACAUGAGAUUGCCUUCUCUUUGAUUUCUCAAUGAAGCCUCGUAUUUGUCCGUUCAAUGCCCAAACAUUUCACUUAUGAUUAUAUCGAAUUGAUCGUUCACACACGACAAGCUUUCCCAAAAAUGGGUCGAGGUCUGUUUUUUUUUUUUUUUUUGUAUUAUUAUAAUAUAAUGCUGUAAUGUAUUUUCAUUGAUAGUCAGGCACACAAUGUUUGCAAAGGGCUGAAAUGUUUAGAGUUGUGAGUCCAUAGGACCUCCACUUUUUGGGGGGGAUUGAACUACCGAAUUUCAGUUUUCUAUGACGUUCUAAUCCGUUGAGAUGUACCAAGUUGCGGUAAGCUGUGGUGGAGAAAAGGAAGCAAAUUUCUCAUCUUGGUGCUGAGCUGAUAAAGAGUGGCAAUUCCUGCCUUAAGUAACACGUUCAAUUCUUUGGUACACUCAGUCUCUUCAAGCUAACCUGCCUUUGCCACGCGACUAACUUUGGUUUCUCCCGUCGAUUGGCUUCAGCGUGCUCAUCUACUUUGCGAAUCGUCACACCGUCUUGCUCUGAUUGCACUUGGAUUUUCAACCAAUGCCUUUUGACUUUUUGCUAGCCAUAAAGAAAACUGUGUAGGGUAAAUCAGAGAAAGGUACUAGGGGUGUCCAAACAGUAGCUUAGGGGGGCUUUUUUUUUUUUUUUUUUUUUUUUUUUUUAGUAUAGGGAGCUUUUCUUUAAACACAAGCAAAAUAGUUUCUCUUAGAUUCAGAAUCAAUAUUCUGCCAAUUUUUGCCCUGUGUCAGAUUUGUGAAUAUAGCACAUAAAUAAUCGUGAAGUAAACACCAUAUAUUGCUCAUGUUUAAAAUUAUUGUUCUGAACUUUUUGAGUUGACAUAACUAGGGAUGUCCCCAUCGUAUAGUUUUGCGCCCGAGUCAGUCACUUGAUUUUGAGAAUCUCCCAAUAUCAAGACCCGAUCCGAUACCGAAAAAAAAGUUUUUGUCUUGAUUAAAACAAAAGUUCCAAACAUGUUACAGUACUGUACUUUUUACAGUACUUCAUUUUCCACUUUUUCCAGGAGUAUUGCAGAAUAUAAACAAUAGCUAUUUUUGUAUAAUUUGGCAAUGUUAUUGUAUUUCUGGAUUGUUAUGUUACUUGUUAGCCCUUAAAAAUAAGAAAACAAAAGAAUAAAUUAGGCCGCCUGAAUUAUAUUGAAAAAAAUUAACAUUAACAUUAACAUAUGCUCACCAGAUCAAAGCUACAAAUGUGUCAAUCACCGUUAACUUUAAGUACGAAACUCCAGCUGCCUGCUGACCAAGAAAAGCAGCAGGAGAGAGACUGAGAGGCUGCACUUAAGAGCGUGAAGCAGAAAAAUAUAAAUAUUUUUUAAUUAAAAACCCAAUCCUUUUCACCUGAUUCUGUUCUGGCGCGAUCGGCCCGGUUCCUGAUCACACAAUCGAAUUGUAACAUCCCUCGACGUAAUUAUUAUUUUUUUUAUUACUAUGCAAUAAAACUGGGGAUUUUUUUUUUUUUUUUUUAAAGUUAGGUCUGACGGCUGUUUAUCUUUGGGUGCGGAAUCCACAAUUAAACUCAGUGGAGAAGAAACUUUAUAUGCUGCAAUUUUGGAAUUGGCAUGCCGAAUUUAGUGAACACAUUUUGAAAUUGUUCCCCAGUGUAUUGUAUUUUUUUUCGGGACGAUAUGUCACACCUGAGUAGGAGUCGCACCAGCAAAAAAAUGUGCAAUAAAGAGGAAAAAACAUAAGUCGGAGUAUAAAUCCCAUUAAUCUGCAGAAUAUGAUUUUCUUUUUGGUGCCAUUUUGUUCAGCCCUUCUCAGUUGUUUUUAUAAGUUACCGCCAAUGUUGAAACACAGGCCUUGAGCGCCCUCUUGCGGUUCAGUGUGAAAAUAACAUGUGAAAUGAUAUAAUAAUGUGUGAAAUACAUUAUUUGCUCCAGAGUAUGUCGCACCCCAGGCUUGUCCGAAAAAUACGGUAAUUGCUUGAUGAAUUGAAUACACUGGGCCUUGUGUUAAUAGAAGUUUGGACACCCCUGGAUUGUUAUCAAGUCAUGAGCGAGUUGCGUUUGCGUGGGUGUGACGGUGCAGCAAUAUGAAGUCUGGCGGUCGUGCCGCUCGACGAAUGCGUUGUAGCACACGUCAAGCGGGACGCCGUCCCUGCUGAUUGCUGACAUUAAGAACUGGGAGUCUAUGAUCGUGUUCCAGUGCCAUUGACGGCGAUAGACUUCCAAUCCAUUUGAACCGGGAGAGGCUGACGGCCCUCGCUAUCGCCUUCAAUGGCAGUGAAUGAGUGAAAAUGCUCAAAUCUGUUCAAAAUAAAAACUUUCCUGUUGCCACAGUGUAAAUGAACAAACUUGAUUAAGUCCAAAAAAAAUCAAACACAGUUGACUGACUAGGAGGUGGUUUUUUUUUGUUGUUUUCUUGUCGUAACACACCACCGUUGACAUUUCUGUUCCUGCUCCACAGUGGAAUGUGCCAUGUGAGAAGUCAUUUCAACAAAUUCAUUUAUGAUUUGCACCUUUUACAUGCUCAAAAUAGACUCAUUUUCAAUGUGUAUAUUUUUUGUGUUGCACUUUGUCGGAUUUUUAUUUGGUUGCUAAAAUGUGGUACUUAACUAGGCUGCAAUAUUCUUUCGCGCUUUUAUUGUCAUUCCGUUUCCCAUUUCAUGUGUUAUGGCAAUAAAGCACGGUGUGACGGCCAGGAUUAAGAAUGUGUUAGCACAACUAUAUUCUUCUUUCAAACUAUUUUUAUAACCCAGAGGAACAGUAUUAUUUAAUAGUGCUAGUAAAGUUUGGCGAUGUGCCCUAAAGAUUAGGCGAACACUGGAAAGCAAAUGUACAUUUUAUAUGAUGACUCCAAUAGACAUGUUUGUUCAUUUGAGACAGUGCUGUUUGGUUUAUUGGACGUUGUCAGAUGAUUAUGACAGAAAUAAAAAUCUAGCACAGAUUUAUGCAUUUUUGCCUGUCAUUCAUUGAAACCGAUUUCAUUCUGCGCCAUGUUGUUUUGUUUUUAGGGCCUGAGCACCAACUGGCACGAGAGCCCUAUUUUUUUUUUUUGCAAAGGAUUGCGUGAAAAUGAGUCACCAUUUUGUCUUGCCACGAAUUUUGAACUUGGCAGACUUACAACAUAUCUGCGCCAAAUUUCCUGUGCUUGGUGAGAGUUGCCCCGCAAAUUAUCUGACUUUUGAAUGGAUGUGAAAGAUCCAACCUGGACAUAAAUGGAGUUGGUGACAAAAUUUGCUGGAUGACACUUAAUGACAUCUGUCAUAAGCCUUCACUAAUGCCCAUGACAGAGUCAUGUCAUUUUUACUUACAGCCUCGGUACUUCAAUUAUGAAUGAUAGUCAGGGGUGAAAGUGGCUAGAAUUUCUUGCCGGGACUCCCCGACGUGAAGGUCGC